AAAUAUCAGAUCUCUAGCGUAUUUUGUUUACUAAUGUAGCGCAGUUUGGUAACGCCCCGUUGGUAACACUGCUGCCUUCUUCAUGCGUGUCUCCAGUCGACCGCUCAGCCGCCAUCAUGUCUGGAGGCCUUAGUGUGAUGAGCCUUGAGGAGAAUGAUGUGACCCGCUUCCUGGCUGCGGGCACUCAUCUCGGGGCCAAUAAUGUCAACUUCCAGAUGGAGCAGUAUGUCUACAAGCGCCGCCAAGAUGGUGUUUAUAUCAUCCACCUGCGCAAGACUUAUGAGAAGAUUCUGCUGGCUGCCCGAGCUAUUGCAGCCAUAGAAAAUCCUGCAGAUGUCUAUGUGAUCUCCUCACGCCCCAUGGGACAGCGUGCUGUGCUGAAGUUUGCAAGGUACACUGGUGCCACACCCAUUGCUGGCCGCUUCACCCCUGGAGCCUUCACUAACCAAAUUCAGGUGGGCCAAAAAUUUUGUAAUUGUGAAAGUAUGCAGGCUAACUUUGUUCUAGGAUAAGGAUGUGGUUCUGAA